UCUGCUCCACUCCUUGGUUGUCGUACCCUCUUGGCCAGUUGCUGCCGCCGGAGACCCCUUGAAGGGCACGGCUAGGAUGGAGAGUCCGAGCCUGCGGGACUACGGAGCUGCCCGCUCGGUCACUUCCAGUGAGCGCCUAGACCCAGACCGGCCCAGUGACCUCCGGCAAAAAGAUGUUACUCUGGAAUUGGAAAGAGUGGGAAAAGAUGAAAAGCAAAUGAUGAUAAAAAACAGCAGUGAGUGGAAUCCCCUGCUGCAAGAAUCCAUUGCUUCCAGUCAGAUUGGUGGUAGUACAAUGACAGAAUGCCGUAAGUCUGUCCCAUGCGGAUGGGAAAGAGUUAUGAAGCAAAGGUUAUCAGGGAAAACAGCAGGAAGAUAUGAUGUAUAUUUUAUCAGCCCACAAGGACUGAAGUUCAGAUCCAAAAGUUCACUUGCUAAAUAUCUUCACAAAAAUGGAGAGACUUCUCUUACACCAGAAGAUUUUGAUUUUACUGUACCUUCUAAAAGGAGCAUCAAGGCCAGACAUAAAGAUAACGACAUAGCGCCUCUGACAUCCCAAAUGCAAAAUGAAAGGAGCAAUUCAAACUGGAACCUCAGGACACGAAGCUGGUGGAGAAAAGGUGUCUUUCCCCUGCCAAGUGGUACUUCGGAAUCGCAAAAUAGCAGAGGACCAUCUAACUUUAAAGAAGAUGAGGGUGUUAAUGAUGUUGACUCCAGAAAGGUUAGAAAGUCCAAACGAAAGGUGACUAUUUUAAAAGGAAUUCAAAUUAAGAAAACCAAAACAGGGUGCCAGAAGGGUCUUCCCGAGUCUACUCAAAGUAAUAGGAAAAGAGAAUCUGAAUAUAAUAAGGCAGAUGCUGAAAGUGAACCUGUUGAGCAAGGAAGUCAGCUUGAUAAAACUUUCUCCAUUUCUGAUGCUGGAGCAAGCAACAAGACCCUCAGUGUAACCAAUGAAGAAAAGAGAAUUGUAAAAGAAAAAUCACUGAGUUCAGGAUCAAACUUUUGUUUUGAACAAAUAACUUCUGGCAUCAUAAACAAAUUAUGUUCAACCGAAGAAGCAGAACACAGCAAGAAGUGUGAGGAAACCUUUUUAGAAUCUGAGGAAAUAACAAAAGUAGAAGCUGGGGAAAGGAAGGAACAUUUGCAUACUGACAUUUUAAAAUGUGGCUCUGAAAUGGAUGACAACUGCUCACAAACGGAGAAAGACUCUAUUUCUGUGAAAAUAUGUCAAGAAGAUACCAUUCCACGAACACAAAUAGAAAAAAGGAAAACAAGCCUAUAUUUUUCCAGCAAAUAUAACAAAGAAGCCCUUAGCCCCCCACGACGCAAAGCCUUUAAGAAGUGGACACCUCCUCGGUCACCUUUUAACCUCGUCCAAGAAACACUUUUCCAUGAUCCAUGGAAGCUCCUCAUCGCUACUAUAUUUCUCAAUCGGACCUCAGGUAAAAUGGCAAUCCCCGUGCUCUGGGAGUUUCUAGAGAAGUACCCUUCAGCUGAGGUAGCAAGAACCGCAGACUGGAGAGAUGUGUCAGAACUUCUUAAACCUCUUGGUCUCUAUGAUCUUCGAGCAAAAACCAUUAUCAAGUUCUCAGAUGAAUAUCUGACAAAGCAGUGGAGGUACCCGAUUGAGCUUCACGGGAUUGGCAAAUAUGGCAAUGAUUCUUACCGAAUUUUUUGCGUCAAUGAGUGGAAGCAGGUGCACCCUGAAGACCAUAAGUUAAAUAAAUAUCAUGACUGGCUUUGGGAAAAUCAUGAAAAAUUAAGUCUGUCUUAAAAUUGUUUGAAGUUUUCAAACUCAGUUUUUAUACCUUACUUUGUACUUAAGUAAGUUAAGAGCUCCAUUAAGCACAGGCAUAUAGAUUUUAGUCCAACUAGAAACAUGAUACAGGUUUUCUUAAUAUGUGUAACACUGGUAGAUCUUUGUUACUGAAUGUACUAGAACAUGUUUUGAGAUUUUUUAAAAAAUAA